AUGUUCUGUGAAGCUAUGACUAUAUGCGCUGUCUUCAGCGUGAUCUGGACGACAAGAGCGAGCCAAAAUGAAUGCUCCUCCAACGGCAAGGCUGGACCAGAAGAAUUCGAUGAAAGAAUUUGGGCGCUAGCAGCUGCCACGCCCUUGCCGGAUUCAAGCGAUAACGACUGGGACAGAGCUGGACCGAGUGGACUCAACCUAACACUCGCAGCUCCCAGCUCGCAGGAGAGAGCCUCACUCCAACAAGAGGCACAAUCGCGAGAAUGCGACGCACGGACCGUAUUUUCGCCGUGUUUGAUGAACGCGAAUGGCGACUCGAUCACGACGGCAAUCCCAAAGGUUGAAAUAUUGGUGGGAUGCCGUCGACGAAAGCGUCCGUGUAUCAUCGAGCCGAUUCCGGACUACUGCGCAAAGUUGCGCAGGCGAGGGUCAAACGUCACACGAAUUGACCCAAGUCCGGCUAGGCGCCACAUUCCGAGUUUUGAGGCAUCU